AGCAACCACCUACACGUACUGAUCUCAAAGCCAAAAUAAAACAGUCACCAAUUCAAGGUAGUGUACGUAGCCGUAGGCAGGAAACAGUUAAUCGGCAAUGAGGACCUCCAGCCUUCUCCUCCUCGUCGCUGUUGCUGGCAUCGUCUUGGUUUAUCCCGUCGCCACAUCUGCCCAGCAACCUUGGACUCCGAUCGAGGGCAUCGAGUCAGCAUACUACCAGGAGCUCAGUGCGUGGGCGGUGUCUGAGCACGUCAAGCAGGCACACGACGAUCUCAGGUACAGCAAGGUGACAAGUGGCGAGGAGCAAAAACUACCGAAUGGCGAGAAGGACCGCCUCUUCAUCGUCGCGGUGGACGGCAAUGGCAAGGAUGGCAAGUAUCAGGCGGUGGUCGUCGUGGAUAAGACUUCGCGGAGGCUUGAAUCCUUUGCUCCGGCAAACUGAAGCGCGCGGCCAACAACUGGCUGGCAUGCAUGGUAUAUAGUCCAAUCACGGUUACUACUUUAGACACAAUAAAUGAUUUCCAAGGACGACAAAUAUGUCGUUUCUAGGAAUAUUCGAAUUUCAAAAUGAAUCUUUGGUGUACACUUAAA